UGUUCACAUCCAUACAAGCACCAUGAGCGAGUUUCGGAUCCAUCAUCACGUCAACGAGCUGCUGAGCGUGUUGGACGUGCGAGGGGGCGACGGAGCGGAAGGUUACAUCGACCUUCUGCAGAAGCACCGCACGCCCUACAUCACCACCACGGUCUCGGCCCACAGCGCCAAGGUGAAGCUCGCCGAGUUCUCCCAGACGCCAGAGGACUUCCUGAGGAAGUACGAAGAGCUGAAAUCGAAAAAUGUCCGCCACCUGGAUCCGCUGGUCUACCUGCUGUCGCGCCUGUGCGAGGACUCCCAGACGCUGCAGCGCCUGCAGCAGAACGCCAAGGAUCGUUCGGAGGCUUGCGCUGCUGCUGCGGCGGCGGCGGCGACGACAGCGAGCGUCCUGAGCGCGGCGACCGGCGUCUCCAAGAUGUCCAUGCAGGAGCUGGACGAGCUGCGCAAGAAGCUGGGGAACGCCACGGCGGCGUGCAACGCUCCCCUGUCGGCCGAGGUGACGCGCAAGAUGUUGCGGGACAAACACAACAAGAAGAACCCGGCGCAGCUCAAUCCCGUCUUUCCCAGCUGGGUGUACGAGAGGCCCGCCCUCUUGGGGGACUUCAUCGCCGGUCCCGCAUCGGCUGCCGAUCCGGCUGUGGGCACGCUGGCGCUGGCGGCGCAGGAGCAGCUGGUUCUAGAGGAUCUGCUUUUCGUCCUGGUGGGCGUGGACGGGCGCGACGUGGCGGCUCAGCCGGUCCUGGGCCGCCAGAACCGCUCCUUCAUCGUGGAUGCCACGCUGGACACGUCAGUCAAGGAGCUGGUACACCGGAUCCUUCCCGUAGCGUCCUUCUACUCCACCGUCACCCGCUUCGUGGAGGAGAAGUCGUCGUUUGAGUACGGACAGGUGAACCACGCCCUGACGGCGGCCAUGCGGACGCUGCUCAAGGAGUACCUGAUCCUGGUGACCCAGCUGGAGCACGUGCACCGGCGGGGCCUGCUGUCCCUGCAGAAGCUUUGGUUCUACCUGCAGCCCACCAUGAGGACCAUGGACAUCCUGGCCGCCAUCGCCUCGUCAGUGGACAAAGGGGAGUGUAUGGGCGGGGCCACGCUCAGCCUCCUUCACGACCGCACCUUCAACUUCACCGGCGACCCCCAGGCGCAGGAGGUGUGCCUGUACCUCACCAAGGCCGCCAGCGUGCCCUACUUUGAGAUCCUGGAGAAGUGGAUCUACAGGGGCAUCAUUCGCGAUCCCUACAGCGAGUUCAUGGUGGAGGAACACGAGCUGCAGAAGGAGAAGAUCCAGGAGGACUACAACGACAAGUACUGGGACCAGAGGUACACCAUCGUUCAGCACCGCAUUCCGUCCUUCCUGCAGAAGAUGGCCGACAAGAUCCUCAGCACAGGAAAGUACCUGAACGUGGUGCGCGAGUGCGGCCGGGACGUGACCUGUCCCGACGCCAAGGAAGUGGUGUACACGCUGAAGGAGCGAGCCUACGUGGAGCAGAUCGAAAAGGCCUUCAACUAUGCCAGUAAAGUGCUCUUGCACUUCCUGCUGGAGGAGAAGGAGCUGGUGGCCCGCCUCAGGUCCAUCAAGCACUACUUCCUGAUGGACAAAGGAGACUUCUUCGUGCACUUCAUGGACCUGACGGAGGAGGAGCUGCGCAAGCCGGUGGAUGACAUAGCGCCCCCGCGUCUGGAGGCGCUCCUGGAACUGGCGCUGCGCAUGAGCACGGCCAACACCGACCCCUUCAAGGACGACCUCAAGAUCGACCUGAUGCCGCAUGACGUCAUCACGCAGCUGCUGCGGGUGCUGGCCAUCGAGACCAAGCAGGAAAAGAGCGUGGCCAACGCCGAGCCGGCUGACGCCGCCCUCAGCGGCCUGGAGGCCUUCUCCUUUGACUACGUGGUCAAGUGGCCGCUCUCGCUCAUCAUCAGCAGGAAAGCGUUGACCAGGUACCAGAUGUUGUUCCGCCAUAUGUUCUACUGCAAACACGUGGAGCGUCUGCUGUGCAACGUCUGGAUCACCAACAAGCACGCCAAGCAUCAUUGGUCGCACUCUGCUAAAUGGUUCGCGGCGGCCUUUGCGCUGCGUCAGCGCAUGCUAAACUUUGUGCAGAACAUCCAGUAUUACAUGAUGUUUGAGGUGAUGGAGCCUACCUGGCACCUGAUGGAGAACAACCUCAAAACGGCAUCCAACAUCGACGACGUGCUGUGGCACCACACCAGCUUCCUGGACAACUGCAUGAAGGACUGCAUGCUGACCAAUCCCGAGCUGCUGCGCAUCUUCUCCAAGCUCAUGUCCGUCUGCGUCAUGUUCGCCGGCCGCAUGCAGCGUUUCACGCGGGCCCUUCGGCCGGAGCACGCUGACGGGCCGCCCGCGCUUGAGGCCGCCGCUGCCGGCAAGAGCCCGGGGGCAAAGGUUAGAGCCAGCCCCCCGCCGCCGCGUGCGAGCCACUCAAAUUCCCUGGCGCUCCUUCAGCAGGAGCCGCCAGAGCCGGCGUCGGAUGCGGGCUUUGAGGCGUCCAUCGUCAAGUUCGACAACAGUUUCAGCCUUCUGCUGCUGGACCUUCUAGACAAACUCAGCAUCUUCAGCUCCAACAACUGCGAGCACAGCAUGAUCAGCAUCAUAUACAGGCUGGACUUCAACGGCUUCUACACGGAACGUCUGGAGAAGAUGGCGGUGGAGCGAAGUCAAAAAGCGGCGGCGUAGUAAGACGAGGCGGGCGUCGGGACGACGACGCUCGUCGUGGGCUCAUCUUUAUUAGAUGGUUCGACAGUGCCCGAUUAAAAGGACAUUUAAAUGCG